AUGGUCCGCCUCCAGGCGUCCGUCCAAGCCCCGACGAGACCAGCCCACUUGGCUGGCGCAAGCAAGCGAAGCGCCGAAACGCAACGCUUCACCAACCUGAUUAACACCACAAGGCCUUAUGCCAGCCAUAACGGCCCGAGGAUGGAGACGCCCACCCGUAUCUCACAAACAGAACAACGAAACAGCGGGCCUGGGCUCCCGACACAGAUGUUUGCCUUGGGUCUCGGUAUUCACGUGUGCGGGAAACAAAGGCAGCCUGUUCCAUGUGUGAUAGGCAUGUUCGAAGAUGUAGACGGAGGCGCAGGACAGCAUUGUUCAAAGCUCAAAGCCAACCGGCUCGACGGCAGGGGGGUGUGGCGGGGACACCGGGAGGGAGCCCAUGUUUGCCAGGGGGCGUGCAACACGAGGUAUUGGCCCGUCGGUCAAGUAGGAGUGGCCCUGCGUCAGCACCAAAGAAACGAGGAGCACCGUCAGAUGCCUAGGUGGGAGUUAGGGGGGUAG